AUGAGUUGUACUGAUCUGCGAGAUCUGAGCCAUGGAGGAAGCUUCUCCUUCAGCUGCUCCGAGUCAGAUUUGAACUUCUCCUCUCUUUCUCAUUUCACCGACGAUGACGAAGAUGACGAUGAUGCUGAUGGCACGAGUGAUGAUGGAUCAUACAUCGAAAUAGCCCUUGAUCACCAUGAUCAUCCUAAACCAAGUUGUGAUCGAGAUGACGAUGAUCGUGUUGGAGGCCGCUUAGACCAUGUAGAUUACUUGCGUUUAUCUUUUUCAUCUAGCCUUCUCCCGGAGCUCUCCACCCGCACCCACCAAAACAUCUCUGAGCCUCCUAACGACCAACCAGUAAACCAGACGACAUCAUCUUCAGCGUCGUGCACUUUGAGCUCUUCGUCCACGGAAAGCAGUUGUGGGGCUCGGAAAGAGGGAUCUGAUCAAGACUCUUCCAUGCUGCAAAGAAGCACCGCUACUAAAAGAGGGAGAUUGCCUGCAGUCAACACGUUACUCUUUGGUCUCCGGUCAUCGUCGGAAUUGUCUAUCCACGCGGACAAUGUUCACGUGGCACGUAGCAGGAAAGCAACAAACAUGAGAAGCUCCAUAAACGGUGGCAUAAUGAAGCUGCUGUUCAAGUUUCGAGCCAUAAAUUUGGGAGCCCUGGUAGCCUCAAUUGUGAAGCCCCGCCAAGUUGCCUGCGAUCCCGGUCGAAGCAAGAAGAAGACAAAAUCAAAAAAGAGUGUUCUGAAGCCUCUGGACAAAUGGUUGGCGCAGAAGAAACAAGGGAAGCGCAAUGAUUCAGAAGAAGGAGAAGGUGAGGAGAAAUAUUCGAGGGUUUUGGAAAUAAACUUGGGCGCAGUUAGAGGGGUUUUGGAAGCCAUAGGAAAUAGCAUGAGCACAGGCAUUGGUCGAAAGGAUAGAAGAACAAGAAGCUGCCCGAGUUCGAUCAAGUCGUCGCCGAUUCACAAAGGGUUUGCGAGUGAUGAGAGAAAUAAAGUGUAUGUUUAUGCAAGAGAGACCUCAAUUCAGGCUGCAAUUGCCCACUGUAAAACUUCAUUUGAGCAACCACCCACAUCGGCCUGA